GAAGACCAGAUUUUCCCUUUGAUAUACUUUAUCCCUCAAUUGAAAGUUCGUGGAUAAUAUAGAAAUGACGUCGACCAGUAACCCACCACCGACCAGUAACCCACCACGGGGAUGUCAUUUGUCUAUGGUAUCCCUCAACAGCAAAAUGAUGUUUGUUCUUCCUAUCUUGGACGCAUUAAGAGGACUGCAAUCGUACAACUGAUUGGAGGAUGUGUACUGGUUGUCUUGGGGAUAGUAGCCAUCAUUCUUCUGGCUGCUUGGUCCUACUUUGCUACAGCCAUCUGGAGCGGAAUACUGAUAUUCGGAGCGACUGGAGUGGUUGGCAUAUUGGCAGGGAACAAUGGGAACAAGUGUUUGAUUCGUACCUACAUGUGUAUGUCAAUCUUCGGUUGCCUCAUGGGGAUCGCUAUCUUUCAUAUGCAUAUUUUCGCCGCCAUCUUGGAAGACGGCCAGUGGCGUUAUGUAUUGGAUGGCCGCUACUACAACUGGGACUACUGGAAUGGAUGUCAGCCAGGGGACUAUUAUUCGUUUAUCCCAAACUGCGCUAAAUCAGAGUCUGCAAGAAAGACAUUCGAUGCUUUGAUUACGAUCACCGGGUUCUUCCUUUUCGUGAUGUGUAUCGUCUCGGCGUCGUACGGAUGCUGUGCUUCUUGCAGGGGUUGCGAAAGCUGUUGUAAGAAAAUCUGUUGCUGCGAUGGUAGCGGCUGCAGCCAGUGUUGCACACCACCUCCUCCACCGGUCACGGCCACCUUUCAGCCGCAAGGACCUACCGUUGCUACACAGGGGCAUCAGCAAGUUGGAAUGUACAUCGUACAGCAAGGACCAGCUCCCGUCAUGCAGAACCCACAAGUUGCUAUGCCAAUGCCUUCAACCACCAAUCAGGGCCAAGCACCUUACUACAUUGUGUCUCCAGCCACUCAGGCCCCGCCCCAACCACAGCCGAUCCCUGGUCACAUGCAUGCUCAACAACCCAACCCUGAUGCUCCACCCACUUACUACGGCGCCGGUCACUUCCCCCCUGUUGAGCUACCUGAGAGUAAGGCAUAAUGAAUGCAGCCACACCCCUUCCCCC